CAUUUCGAAUAAACAAAUCUUCAAGAUGGCCACCCAACAAUUUGAUUACACUAAAGCACUGAAGAAGGCAUUUGGCUUCAGCCUUUUCUUCGUUCCAGGCCUAAUCUUCCUCCUUGUCCCCGCACAUUUCUGCUAUAUUCUGGUCUGCAAGUUCAAAUACGAGAUGGAUGUAACCGUGCUAGAUGCCGUGCAAUUGAUGCUGUUUGGGUUUACGCACUUCAAAGAUAUGCAGAAGCGAAAUGCCAAGUCAAAGGGAGCAGAUUCAGCAUCGUAUGCGGCAGCGACGCGAAAAAACUUAUAGUAUGUGACGCGGCAUAAUGUGAUCAUGUCACUUCAGCUGGAACUGCAUGCUCUCGAUGCUUUUAACAGCUCUGCUGAAGGCAUACUAGAGAGCACCGAACUAAAUGAAAAAUGUUUCUCUACGCGAACGCUUGAUUUGAAAUCACAUCCAGGGAUCAACGGAAGUUAGACUGCCUGUGCUUUUCUCAACGAAAAGUGCCGGAGAUGAAUGUAUGAAUGUGAAACACUUGUUAUUGCAAGGAUUUCAGAGUGCCAUGCGAAUAAAAUGUUGAAUGCUUGAUUGAGGUUAUACACUUAUGUUGAUAUACAUCGCAGAUAUAGUUUCCUCCUAUACAGGAAUUCUCGAGACGGUCUCAAGGAUUUCUUGUAUGUUCAGAGCUCAUGCAAACUGGGGGUUGGCCAGGUACGAAGAGUAUAUAUUUAAUAGUGUAGUCAACAUCCAAAGAAGAUGCUUGGUAUAUUUUAUGUUCUGCUUUAGCUAUCGAGUCACAUGAUAACCCUGAUUACGAAUCGGUACAUUCUUAUGACGAUAAUGCUUGAACGAAUCACGAAUCCUGGGGAAAGCUGAAAGCAAGAGUAUACCAUUGUUUAUACUAAUUAUAUCAGAGAUAAUGAGAGAUGACAGGUUCAGUAAAUUCAGUUUCUUCCUAAUGAAGAAAUCUUGUGAUUUUGCCAGAAGGGCUAUUAAACAACGUCCUAAAUUGAAAUGGUAAGUUUGUGAGAACUUGAGAAGGGACAAAACUAUUUUAUACGCAUUUAUGUAGUUAAUUCUUAUUUGUAAGGUCAACUCAAAGUCCAGUAGGUAAGUAAGAACGAGUGUAUAGUGGAAGGCAGUAUUUAGUCGGGAAACUCAUGAUAGAAACUCCACUUGUGAUAACAGUUCAUAAAAAACCCCCCUUCGAAAUUGAAGUAAAAACUGAUGGCAUGAAAGUUCCAAAAACUGUAUGUAAAAACAUAAAUAUUGUUCAAUUUAUAAGGCUAUGUAAAAAUUGCGAAAUAUACAGAGCAAGUGGGAGCAAAAUACGUGAAGUCGUGAACGUUUCACGGAAAUUAUUUGAAUAUCAAAACAGGGCCUCCACACGUCCAUGUUCAGAAAAACACCGCUACCUGUUGCACUACCGGUCUACCGCCAGUUCGAAUUCUUUCUUCAAGAUGGUCGAUCAACUGAAUGAUGAUACGCAACAUUCUCUUACUAAAUCACUGAUGAAGGGAUUUGCCUUCUGUCUUUUUCUCGUUCCAGGCUUAAUCUUUCUUCUUGUCCCUGCACAUAUCGGCUACAUUGUGGUCUGCAAAUACAAAUACGAGAUGGAUGUAACCGUGCGAGAUGCCGUUCAACUGAUGCUAUUUGGGGGCGUACACUUCGCCGAUAUGAAGGAGCGACAUACUCUAUUAACGGGAACAGCGGCAUCGGCAUCAAAUGCGACAAGGGCGCGGAAAAACUUAUAGCAUGUGCCAUGGCCUCGUUAUCUUGCUCACGCUGGUUUCGGUUAUGACAUCGUGCUCACGAUGCAUAACAAACUACACUCACAGCCAGGACAAAAUCAACGGAAAUGAAGGACAAUAUUACCCUACACGAACGCUGCAUUUAAUUGUAUUCAAGGGUAAAAGGAA